UGCAGGCGAACUCAGCCAGACUGCAGCAUCGCACUCUGCAGGCAUAGUCUGUCGUGAUGGGCUCCGGUUUUAUUUUAGUCUUUGUUAUGGAAUCGUUACUUCUCCUGAAGGUGGUGACGAUUUAAAUCGCUCGGAGCUGGUAACGGGCUACUUUAUUUACCAACGGUCCAGCCUGCAGUAUGCGCUGGUCGGUGUGUCUCAGACACAAACAGUGCCGCAGCUAUCCGGUUGCAAGCGCGGAUGACAGGCAUGGGCAGAUGCGAUUCUGAAAUGCGAGGACUCGGCUCCCGGGAAUGUCGGAGCUUCACAGCGCCUGAUCGGGCAAUGUAAGCAGUGCCCCCAGGAGCCGGUGAUCGCACUCGGCGGUCAGCUGCUUCUCGGCCCGUUUCUUGCCGUCUCGAUUUGGAAAUACUGUGGAGCACACUGUGAGAAAGACCAAUGGACCGAAUUUCUUCACAGCAAGGGUUCUGAUCUAUAGUAUGGGAGCGCUAUGUUGUCCAGAAAAGGAAUUAUACCUGAAGAUUUUGUUCUCACGCGUUUAGCGGAGGAUGUCUCGCAACCCAGGUACCGAGCCAAGCAGAGGAAAGCUCGUUUUGUGGCAAAGAAUGGGACUUGCAAUGUGGCACACACGAACAUCCGAGAACAAGGACGGUUUUUGCAGGACGUUUUCACCACCUUAGUAGAUUUAAAAUGGCUACAUACUCUUAUAAUAUUUACAAUGUCUUUCCUGUGCAGUUGGCUACUGUUCGGUAUGAUCUGGUGGCUUAUAGCUUUUGCACAUGGGGAUCUGGACCAGAAAAGCGACAGCUUUGUCCCGUGUGUGACCAGUAUUCACUCUUUCUCUUCGGCUUUCCUGUUCUCAAUCGAAGUGCAGGUGACUAUCGGCUUCGGGGGGCGAAUGAUUACGGAAGAAUGCCCAUCAGCCAUUCUGACUCUGAUCAUUCAAAACAUCGUAGGUCUGGUUAUCAACGCCAUCAUGCUGGGCUGCAUCUUCAUGAAGACUGCUCAAGCCCAUCGGCGAGCAGAGACGCUCAUUUUCAGCAAGCACGCUGUCAUUGCAGUCCGGAAUAACAAGCUCUGCCUAAUGACUCGAGUAGGGGAUUUGAGGAAGAGCAUGAUCAUUAGUGCUACCAUUAAAAUGCAAGUAGUGAGGAGGACCACUACAGCAGAAGGGGAGGUGGUCCCCCUCGAACAGAUAGAUAUCCAAAUGGAAAACCCAAUUGGGACAAACGGCAUUUUCCUGGUAUCCCCACUCAUAAUAUGCCACGUCAUUGACAAAAAUAGCCCUCUGUAUGAGAUCUCUGCCAGUGAUUUGCACAACGAAGAUUUGGAGGUGAUUUUAAUAUUGGAAGGGGUGGUAGAAACCACUGGCAUCACGACCCAAGCUCGAACGUCUUACUUGCCAGACGAAAUCCUGUGGGGACGACGAUUUGUACCCGUUAUCUCUGAGGAAGAGGGUAGGUACUCUGUGGAUUACUCCAAGUUCGGAAACACGGUGAAAGUACCAACUCCCAGCUGCUGCGCUAAAAAACUUGAAGAAGAGGGAAAUCUUCCGAGGGUCAAGCUUCUUGACUCACAUUCGCUAAAGAGUACCGUGAGAAAAAGAAACGCUUCUGUGCGCGUCAAGCCAAGAAACGACAAUCAGUAACUUUAUUAUAAUAAGUAUUAUUAUUGUAAUGUUUGCUACGCACCUCACAUUUAUACCUGAAACUGUUUUUACCAAUCGAGAAAGCAAGUAUGUUUAGUAUCAUGAUGAAAUGAAAUAAUUUUGCCUUUGUUUUUAAAAUUUGGUAGGUUUUUAAUACCUGCACUUUUGAUACUAUCCGUGUAUUAAAUGGAUCUAAAUUGUAUACAGAAAUCUCCAAGUAAAAUAUUUCAUGUUGUACUUAACAUUGACUGUUUUUAAGAGAAAUAUGAUUGUAUGACAAAACAUUUAUCACCUGUACAUCUACAGUUGUACACCUAGGCUACUUACUGAACGAAUGUUUUAAACAAUUAAAGUGCAUGUAGUUUUUGUAUCUUAAGUCUCCUCAGGGUACAUGUUAAAGCCUUUGAUGAUUGCUGAAUGCUUUAUGUUAGCGUUGCUGCGUUAUUUUUUUCUAAAAAUACAUUUAACUUCAAAAUUAAAGUUGCAAUAUCUGAAUUAUAAAUCACCUAUUAUCCCUUUGUUGCAACCUCGGUAAAAUUUUCUGUCCAUAAACUACAGCUACCUUAAUAAACACUUGAAUCGCAUACUCCUAGUUUAACAAGACUGGAUGUUUAAUAACUGGUACGAUUUAGGGAAUACUUUAAUUGAACCAAAUCUUAGAAAAUGUUUUUGUAUGGUAUUAUUUUAGGAGGCGUAGUAUGCAAAUCUCACAUGGACAAUUUGAUCCUUACGGUUUGAGUGUCCAAUUCCCGUUUAAAUACUUUUCUAAUACUCAUUCGCAGUUUUACAUUUUAAGAACGGAAAUGCCUAAGAUGUAUGAUAUCGUGGUCGUGUCGUACAUUUAACAUUUAUGUAAUUAUGACCGAUUUGCAUGCUAUAUAUCAUUUAUACAUAAUUUUAUCGUUGUAUUAAGGUUUACGCAUGGUAUUUUAAUUUGUCAUUCAUUACACGAAUAUAUAUAAAGGAUCAUUAAAAUUUGCAUUGAAGGAAAUGUUACAUUCAUUUUUUCUUGAACUUCUGCUGCCCUCUUUUGGAGUUUAUUGCCAUUGCUCUAAUGGAUGACGAGCCUUGCAAAAUAAGCGAAGACUAAAUUCAAAUUGAAUUGCUUACUUUCUGCACAGGGCCUUUGAGCUCACGAUUCCCUGCAGUAUAUUUGACACAUACCGUAUCUCGCUGAUUAUAGCAUUAAAACACAGUAUCGCAUCGCACAGUAAAUUUGGCAGUGGCUUCAGCCAAAUUAGACCUGAAGCGCCGGUAAUACUGCAUUAACUCUAUCUCACUAUGGACUGCAACAUCCAAGAAUUAGAUGCGUUGUGACGAUGAUGAUAGUUGCGUUUUGUCUUACCGUGGCCACAGGACAGGGGGGUUUGAGCCCUGCUCAGAGAGUGAAUCGAGGAGCAGCUGAGAGGUGCACAUGGGGUGGAGGAGGGACACUGGAGACGAAUGUAAAGGGGGCUGAUUGUUCGACAUGUAUGUCUGCGUGAUAUUGACUUGUCGUGAAUACGUUCCCUCUAAAGAACUGAAAUUCUGGACACACCCUCUGUCGUCCCAAAAUCCAUGUGUUGCCAAUUAUUUCAGAAAAGACUCAAAAGAAGUCAUGUGUAUUUAUUAUACAGUAACUAGUUUUUGCUUAAUACCAAAAUAAUUGACAUCAAACUAAAGCAUUUCCCACAAACAAACGCAACAAAGUUAGAAAUGUAGCUUAAUUAGACCAUAAAACAAUUUUCAGUCUACUCUAAUGGCCGCACGGUCAAAGUUUAUAAAUGAUAGCAGCAGAUAAGGCACCUACAGUAUUUUGAUAGUUAUGACCUUUUGUUAAUGGUUCCUCUGUACUGCUACAAACUCUUCAUUUUCUUAUUGCUGUACUUUGCAUUGUUGUGUCCAGGCUAGAACUUUCUUCUGUUCGUUUUUGAUAGAGCUGGUCCCUUAAUCACUUCUGCUACUUGAUGCUUGGAAGUGAUUAGCUUAUUUGUUUACAUUUUUUUCUGCAUUCUGUCUCUGGUUUCAAAAAUGAUCUUGUUAGAGUUUCCAACAACCUCAUAAUACUGAUGUUUAUGCACUGCCUCUUUUACCUCCUGUACGGUAUUAAUUAAUCACUUCUGGAUAAAAAAAACCUCAGAUCCUAAGAUGAAUUAUCCACUAGCAACCAAACAAGCAAGACUGCAUUUUAUAACCUAUUGUUUUAUGAUAUUUUUUAUGUUCUAAUUGUACUGCCUUCCUGAAUAUAAGAAUUAUCUGUUUCUUUUCUAGAUUUUGUUUUUGCUUUAGUAAGAUCAAUUAUCCCUUAUUAUGAGUGCGUCCAAUUGGUUUCCAAACCUAUUCUUUAACUUGUUCAAUCAUUACUUAAUUAGAAGGCAUUAACGUGCUUUCCAGAUCUCUAUUCAUUGCCACUUUAAGUCUAACCUUAAUCCUGCAAGACUUUGGAUCUUUGUGAUCUCUGAUCUGCUAUGAAAUAAAUAAAAAGGUAAGGUACAGUAGCCAGGAACGGGAGAUUAUUUCUGGUUUCUAGGUUCCGCACACAAGAGGGAGCUGUUGGCACUAGGUAUUUUUAUAUUUUGCUCUAAAUGGGUGGUACAGUGGUUUGCAUUACUAACUUGUAGUGCUGGGGCCCUGGGUUCAGUGCUGGACCUGGAGUGCUGUCUGUGUGGAGUUUGUACAGUAUGUUCUAAUGGCACUAAUUUUGUCAAACUAAUUUAAAAUAGGAGGGUGUUUAUUUAAAGGGGAUUCAGGGGUAAGAAUUAGAUAUUAUACAUUUAUUUUUAAAGUUUUUAAUAUUUUGUUUUUAUAUGUGUUCAGCUCAGUUUAUAAGGUUUCAUUUACUUGCUCCUUUAAUUUUCCUACUGAGUAUAAGCAUAACUAUUAGCAGAGCUGACAUACAAUACCUGGCAAGCAAGCCCUUGAAAAGAAAAGGCUGCAGUACAGCUGUACAAAAAAAGUAAAAGAGAUCUGUUGAAUGACCCUAUGUUUCAACUAUUAAAUGUUUAGUUCUCCCAGUUUUGUAAAAUGAACGUUUGAAGAUGGGAACUCAAGCCAUAUUUCUCAGAUAAAAAUCUAAUGUUGAAAAAAACACCUCUGUAAUACAAAAGGCUAAACUGUAAAUAAAUAAAUGCAUUUACAUUCAUUCUUAUAUAAUGCAAUUAUACCUAUGAUGCAUAUGUGACUUUUUGGAAAAAUCAGAGGACUGAUCCGAUCAUUUUAGAUUAUGAAGUGCUUUUUGACACUGGCACUCCAGCAGGCAAGAUGUAAAUUAAAUUCGUGUAAAUCACACUUUAUUUUCCCUUCACUCAUCUAUAAUAUUUAGGACCUAUAUCUUCCGAAAAAAGAAAAGACAUGCUGGUAGGUUAAUUGGCUUCUGGGGGAACUGGCCCUGGUGUAGCGUGUGUUUGUGUCUGUCUGCCCUGCGAUGGACUGGCGUCCCAGCGAGGGUGUGCCCUGCCUUGCGCCUCUUGCUUGACGGGAUAAGCAACAGCUUCCCCAAGACCCUGAAUCGGAUGCAGUGAUCAGAAAGCGAGUGAAUGCGCUAAUGUCAUGUAUCAAUCCCACUGAGCUCUAGUGUAUGACUUUAUCCAUCCGCCCACUUUCUAACGCUUAAUCCACUUCAGGGUUGUGGGAGACCCCAGUAAGUAAUGGAUGCACGGCCGGAUACACUUUGGGAUGGACAGUCCAUUGCAGGGCAGUAUGAUUUUUCAUGAACAGUAUUAUUGUUAAUGAAAUAU